AUGCAGCUCCGUCGCGGUGCGGCGCCCAUAAUAGUCUCCCGAUCUCUAUCCACGAAGCCUAAUGGCCAGUCAAAGCUGUCGGAGCUUGCUCCUGAAGAGGAACCACGCGAAAGCGCCUCGCCGUUCAAGCAGCAUCGACAGCGGGAGCUGCGGGAAGAUCAGGAGAACGAAGACCCUCUCUAUCCUGAUCCAUACCCUCGACUAGAAUCUCUUCCUGCUCGAAAGAGUGUCCCGGAAUUCCUGGAAGACUUCCGCGAGGGUCUUUGCGACGAGAACGUCGUCCUCACCGGCCGCGUCCGCUCCAAACGAGUGGUGGGCAAAUCGCUCAUCUUCCUCGACAUCGUAAACGAGUUCCAAAAAGUGCAAGUCAUGGUCAACAAGAACAAGUGUGUGUCAGAGAAGCAUAGAAGAAUCCAUAAAUUCGCCCUGUUCAAGAACUUGAUACAAGUCGGCGACCACAUCUCGGUCACUGGUAUCGCCACUCGUACGGACAGUGGAGAGCCGACCCUCGAGGCUCGGGAGCUCCCUGAGCUUUUGUCGCCGUCCAUGGAGCAAAUUCCAGAGAAGCUCACCAACGCGAAGACGAGGAUGCAGGAGCGUCACGUCGACAUGCUCGUGAACAAGGAAGUGGUGGACAUUCUUAGGCUCCGUGCAGAAAUCACCAAGCAUAUGCGCGACCACUUGCACUCGAAACGCUUUCUCGAGUUCCAAACGCCCAUCCUGGCCGAAAAUGCGGGAGGGGCAGUUGCCCGGCCGUUCGUCACCAAAGCCACCGAGUUUCGAAACAGAGACCUGGCCCUUCGCAUCGCCCCGGAACUGUGGCUGAAGCGACUUGUGGUCGGCGGCGUGGACAGGGUCUUCGAAAUUGGCCCUGCCUUCCGAAACGAGGGCGUCGACGCAACGCACAACCCCGAGUUCACCAUGUGCGAGUUCUACAGCGCUUAUACCAACCUCGCUGAUCUGAUCAACGAGACGGAAGAGUUGAUGUACAGCUUAGCCAAGCACUGUCAGGAGCUGAUAUCCACACAGCUCACGUCUUUACCGCCCAUCGAUUUGAGCAGGUUCGUGCGGCCGUUCAAGCAGGUCGAAUUCAUCCCCGCGUUAGAGGAGGCGGUCGGGAUCCGCUUUCCGAAGCUGACCGCCGAUGGUGCCCUCCCCGAGCUUCUUGCAGUUCUGAAGCUUGCCGGCAUCAGGGUUCCCGGAGAGGUGCCCACCUCGCUGCCUAAGCUUCUGGAUCGCCUAGCAGCGAUUUAUAUCGAGCCCAUGUCGUUCAAUGAGCCUGUCUUCAUAACCAAUCACCCCGUAUGCAUGUCGCCACUGGCCAAGGGGUUCCUGUGCCCCACGACGUACCAGCUCGUGUCGGCGCGCGCGGAGCUCUUUGUCGGCGGCAGGGAGCUGGCAAACAUGUACGAAGAAGAGAACGACCCUGACGAGCAGAAGCGGAAGCUUAAUGCCCACCGCAAUCUCGUCAACAUGCCCGAUGGAGAAGUCGGGUUUGAGGAGGCGACAGCAGAAGAUGCACCUGCGCCGCCGCCUGCAGAAGAAGCCGAAAAGGACGAGUGGGAGACAUCUCCCCUUGACGAAAGCUACGUGAAGGCGUUGGACUACGCGUUGCCCCCGACUGGCGGCUGGGGCUGCGGCGUGGAGCGCCUCGUCAUGCUCUUCUCGGGGGCCAACCGCAUCAGCGACUGCCUAAGCUUUGGAACGCUGAGAAACGUGGUGGGCUUGUCGGCUGACGAUAAAGAGGCGCCGCUGAAGUGA